AUGGCGUCGACCACCAUCGUCCAUUUCCCUGUGAUGAAUGCCCAAAGUUGUUUACCCGGAGUGAAAACCUACAGCGGCAUAAGCGUGCACGUAAGUCUCGACGUAUAUAAACGACAUGGUGAUCGUUGCCGUGCGACUGGACCUCCAAUUCGAACACCUCAGCCGCAGGUGCCGUGGGAGGAUACGCAUACCCCCCAGGCAAUGGUCGGCAUACCCUCACCUUUGACCACCAACCGCAACCCGGCUGAACGUGUUGUCACCGACGAAGAUUUUUGGGAAGAGCACAGUACAUUUGCCACUGAGCUACCCCAGAGUUUCUCAUCUUCCUCACCCAGUAAUCAAGCCAAUAGCGAAGAAACAUAUGUGAAGCAGUAUUUUGAGCAUUUCCACCCGUCUUUCCCUCUGUUGCAUCGACCUACAUUCGCUGUAUCCUCGACGCCGAAGCUGCUGCUGAAGGCAGUUAUUGUCAUUGGGAGCCUAUUUUCUCCCAACUUAUACGACCAUGAGGAAACCCAAGCUCUCGCACACUGGCGCCAAGAUAUAUGGCAAAGUGGACAAGAAGAGCUUCGGCAUAUGGUAUAA